GUGACGUGAGUCGCUGCGCGCAGUUUGAAUUGUAGGCGUUAGAACAGUGUUUUAGAGGCACGUACCGAAAUGCAGCCAGUGACUCCGGGUCUGAGGGACUGAGUCCAAGCACACCCCUCCCAGCCCUUCUCUAGCCUUCCCCGGCUCGGCUCCCUCAUCUGACCACCUCCCUUCCCCUGGACUGCCCGUGCCCUCCAGACCGCAGGUCAGUCAGCUAGAGCGGCCUCCCUGGCUAAGGGGGCCUGGCGCGAGCUUGCCGGAGGAGGGAGGGGAGGAAAGAAGGAAGGAGGGAGCAAUGGGUUCCCAGGGCCCGCAGCCUCGAUGCCUACACUCUGCCCCCAGCAGGCAGGACCAUGAAACCGGUUCGCCGCAAAACCACCCCAAAGAAGCUCCCUAGGACCCCGUCUCAGCCCCGUGCCUCCACCUCCACCACACCCCCCGCAGGCUCUUCUCACCGCCGUCGCUUUCCCGGUAGACGAGGCCAAGGAAUUCUUAGGGAGAUCCGCAAGCUACAGAAAAGCACAAACCUGCUGAUCAGGAAGGCACCCUUUGGUCGACUAGUUAGAGAAAUAUGCCUCCGGUAUACUCGAGGAGUGGACUAUUAUUGGCAAACUCAGGCCCUACUGGCCCUACAGGAGGGGCAGUACCCGCCUGGUUCACCAUAAGCCUGGCCAUCUUACCCCUUGGAUAAUAACACUGCAGGACUUGUCUAUUCUGAAACCUAUCUUCCUGGAGGUACUUUCACCACAAGUUGCAUCCUCCACUGCUUCUGUCUCCAGCAAUCUACAUUUAUGUGUCUUCCUUCUCAUAAAUGUGAUGUCUAUGCCUGACUGGUACAUGACUUACUGUUCAAAAUUAACAAGACUAAGUGAAGUGGCUAAUGAAAAGUAGGGAAAUCUGUAAGUCUUAAAGCUCUAAGAGACACAUUGGGGUGGUUGUCAUUUGAAAUCAGGAAGACUUGGGUUCAAAUCCUACUUGACACAUAAUAGCAGAGUGAAUCUGUACUAUAGUCACUUCUCAGUAUACUUAGCAAAUCUUACAUGACAUAGUUGCAGAGCUAGUACAUUAGUGAUUAGAAGUCUCUAAUCAGAACUUUUUUACACCAAUGAUAUCAAAGGUAUGAUUCCCCCCCCAAAAAAAAAAUCCCUAAAUACAAAUGUAAAUUGUUACAUGAUUGAGCUGAUGUUCAUCUUAAUGAUUAAUAUUUGGCAUAUUUGUCUUUGAGUUAAAAUUUCCACAA